ACUGCAUUUCUGCUUGAUCCUGUGGAAGACUUCUCUCCAGCCUGACAAAAUGUGUGAGCAGUUUGUGGGCACCUGGAAGCUCCUUUCAAGUGAAAACUUUGAGGACUAUAUGAAAGAGCUGGGUGUGGGGUUUGCUACCAGGAAAAUGGCUGGUGUGGCCAAGCCCAGUGUAACUAUCAGCGUCAAUGGUGAUGUGAUAACCAUCAAAACAGAAAGUACCUUCAAAAAUACAGAGAUCUCUUUCAAGCUGGGUGAAGAGUUUGAUGAGACCACAGCAGACGACAGAAAAACAAAGAAUGUCAUAACUCUAGACAAUGGCACUCUGACCCAGGUGCAGAAGUGGGAUGGAAAACAGACUAUCAUAAAGAGAAAAGUGAUGGAUGGGAACCUGGUGGUGGAAUGCUCCAUGAAUAAUGUUAUGUCCAAAAGAGUUUAUGAAAAAGCAUGAAGAAGUCAUCUUCUCACAGGACUAAUGCUUAAAGCUGCAGAAAACCAACUUAGCCAAAGGAGAAAAACUCUACAAAGCCAUUUUAAAGAGAACUGUACUUUUUACAGCUAUAUCCCAAAGCAGUUACAUGCAGCUAGUCUAUUCUGUUGUGGCCAUUCAAUAAAGUGUUCAGCUUUCUACAA